GCCGACAAGUCCAAAUGGCCAAAUCCAAGAACCAUACCAAUCACAACCAGAACAAAAAGGCUCACCGUAAUGGUAUCAGGAAGCCUGUGGCUGGCCGGACACGGUCGUUGAAGGGUGUCGACGCUAAGUUCCGCCGGAAUUCUCGGUUCGCUCUUAACGGCUCUCGCAAAGCGCGAGUAGAAGCCAAAGCAGCAGCAGCCGCAUCAUGAUUUCCGCCUUGUCAGACGGAGGAGCCCGCCAGCCAGUAUAGGAGAGGUCCAGAUCGAUGUGUUGUGUAUCGCAGUCUCCCAUGCCUAUGUUAUAUGCCUAGGUCACUACGCAAAAGAAACGCAUUCAAAAACAUCAUAUCACGAGGCGCUUCCGAACUCAUACAACAGUACGACGCUACACUUUCAUAACAAAACGCAUACGGUGAUACAGACUAUCCUUGA